GCACUUUGUGAAGGAUAGUACAAGUUUUGGACUGGUUAUUAAUUCCAUCAUGGUGUAUUGGCUAAUGAAGCAACUUCUUUCUUAUCAAACUAUUAUCAUCAUUAGUUCUAUGACCUCCCUUCCUCAACAUUUAAACCAACCAACACCAGCACCAAACCUAUACUUUAGUCACCUAUUUCUAGUCAUGUCCUUGCACUUAAAGAAAAGAAAUCCCACCCUUCAAUCAUUCUAUGUUGGAUCAGCAACGGCUAAAGUUGGGUAAUGGGAUUGUAGCAGGUUGUUAAAAGCCGACCCUCAACUUCCAUUUCUUUUCAUACUUUCACAAUCUCCCUCCAUUUUCUUAUUAUAGUUGAUCAUAGUUUUUAUAACCAUAUAAGUUGCGAUCAAAUUUAGGAUCAUAUAUUGAAGGAAGCAGCAAGGAGGGGAGAAGAUGAGCACAGCAAGAUUUAUCAAGUGCGUCACAGUAGGGGAUGGAGCGGUGGGAAAGACUUGCAUGCUCAUUUCCUAUACUAGCAAUAUUUUUCCAACGGAUUAUGUUCCAACAGUAUUUGACAACUUUAGUGCCAAUGUGGUGGUGGAUGGCAGCAUAGUGAACCUAGGCCUAUGGGAUACUGCCGGACAGGAAGAUUACAACAGGCUAAGGCCUUUAAGUUAUAGAGGAGCUGAUGUGUUUUUGCUGGCAUUUUCCCUGGUUAGCAAGGCCAGUUAUGAAAAUAUCUACAAAAAGUGGAUCCCGGAGCUUAGACAUUAUGCUCCUAACGUGCCAAUUGUGCUUGUUGGAACCAAACUAGAUUUGCGAGAUGACAAGCAGUUCUUGAGUGAUCACCCAGGAGCAACAGCAAUAACAACUUCUCAGGGAGAGGAACUCAAGAAAAUGAUAGGAGCAGUUACUUACAUUGAAUGCAGUUCCAAAACUCAACAGAAUGUGAAGGCUGUUUUUGAUGCUGCAAUAAAAGUAGCUGUGAGGCCACCAAAACCAAAGAGAAAGCCUCAGAAGAGAAGAUCAUGUACUUUCCUUUGAAACUCAACUACAGUAAAAUACUUAUCAAAAACUGUCUGCCGAUAAAUGCUAUCUGCUAUACUUUCUAAUAUAUAUUUUUUUCCAUAAAUUUCAAUAAAGGUGGUUCAUUUUAAUCCUAUUUGUCAUAGCUAGCUUUUCAAAUGCGAGAGCCUCUUUACAGUUGUCUGAGUUAUAGCUUAGAUUGCAAUUCAAUGGAAGAACAUUUGCUUGCUUUCACAAUGGAGUACUCCAACUGUUUACAAGCGGUUGGUGGUCUACCUCAACAUCAUUUCAGCUCCAACCAUACACUUGAAAAUUUUCCUAAUUAAACAACCAUGAUAAUCAAUGUUCAAGCUUGUUAAGUUACUUUAUUUGAUAAUAAAUUCUUUGUUUUUUUUCCAAGACACUAUGUUAAUAUUACAACAAUC